AGUCAGUGCCGGGAGCGCUGCUAUGGCGUUCUUCGGACCCGCGGCUCCUCCUCACACUGUGCUCGAGGCGGAGGCUAGGAGAGGGCCGAGGAGGAGGAGGCGAGCGGCUGGCCGCCGCAAUUGCAGAGCCGGGGCCAAGGGAGACGGAGGCGGAGCGGGAGCCGCCGCAGCUAGCCGGGCCGCCUGUAGUGCUCUCCUGGCUUGAGGGCGCGGGGCGCCAGCCAUGCCUCGGUGUGGCUGCUGAAGCCGGGCGCCAGCGUCCCCGCCGCUGUGCCUCGCUGUCCGGCUGCCCGCGGCGGGAGUACGGAGUCCCCAGCCAGCCAGCGGUGGCGCGGGCGCCGGAGCGCGGGGCCGGAGGAGGCGGGGAAGAUGGACCCGUCGCCCUCGUUGGGCUGCAGCCUCAAGGAUGUGAAGUGGAGCCCAGUGGCUAUGCCGCUCGACCUGCUGGUCAGCACCUACCGGCUGCCCCAGAUCGCGCGGCUGGACAGCGGAGAGUGCGUGGAAGGGCUGCGGGAGAAUGACUACCUGCUGAUCCACUCGUGCCGCCAGUGGACCACCAUCACUGCCCACAGCCUGGAAGAAGGUCACUAUGUCAUUGGGCCAAAGAUAGAGAUCCCUGUACAUUAUGCAGGACAAUUCAAGCUGCUGGAACAAGACCGGGAUAUAAAGGAGCCGGUGCAGUAUUUCACCAGCGUGGAGGAAGUGGCCAAAGCGUUUCCUGAGCGUGUCUACGUCAUGGAGGAAAUCACAUUCAACGUGAAGGUUGCGUCUGGUGAGUGCAAUGAAGACACUGAAGUUUACAGCAUCACCCUGUGUACUGGGGAUGAGCUCACCCUAAUGGGGCAGGCAGAGAUCCUUUAUGCAAAGACCUUCAAGGAGAAGUCACGUCUCAACACCAUCUUCAAAAAGAUCGGGAAGCUCAAUUCCAUCAGCAAGCUGGGGAAAGGCAAAAUGCCGUGCCUCAUUUGUAUGAAUCACCGGACCAAUGAAAGCAUCAGCCUUCCAUUCCAGUGCAAGGGCAGAUUUAGCACCCGAAGCCCCUUGGAACUUCAGAUGCAAGAAGGGGAACAUACCAUCCGAAACAUCGUGGAAAAGACUCGGCUCCCCGUGAAUGUGACUGUGCCCAGUCCCCCACCCAGAAAUCCCUAUGACCUCCACUUCAUUAGAGAAGGACACCGCUACAAGUUUGUGAACAUCCAGACCAAGACAGUGGUGGUUUGUUGUGUGCUGCGGAACAACAAGAUCCUCCCCAUGCACUUCCCUUUGCACUUGACUGUCCCCAAGUUCAGCCUCCCGGAACACCUGGUGAAGGGAGACAUGUGGCCAGAGACCCUAGUCCAUCACUGGCUUGGCAUCUGCCAAGAGCAGUUUGACAUCGACGAGUAUUCACGGGCUGUUCGCGAUGUGAAAACGGACUGGAACGAAGACUGCAAAAGCCCCAAAAAGGGCCGUUGCUCUGGCCACAACCAUUUACCCAAUUCCCUCAGCUAUGCCCGCGAUGAGCUCACCCAGUCCUUCCACCGGCUCUCAGUCUGUGUGUAUGGCAACAAUCUCCACGGCAAUAGUGAGGUGAAUCUCCACGGCUGCAGGGACCUUGGGGGAGAGUGGGCCCCCUUUCCCCAUGACAUCCUUCCCUAUCAAGACUCUGGGGACAGCGGGAGCGACUACCUUUUCCCGGAAGCUAGUGAAGAGUCUGCAGGCAUCCCGGGGAAAACCGAAGUUCCCUAUGAAGAGCUGUGGCUGGAGGAAGGCAAGCCCAGCCGCCAGCCUCUCACUCGGUCCCUCAGUGAGAAGAGCAGGUGCGACACCGUGAGAGGCUCCACACGCUCCACUUGUGCAACCUCUUCUCCCGCCCCUGCGACCCUGGGAGCCACAAUGAAGUCUUCAGAAAUCGCCCUACCUCCACCUCCAGUGCCUCCCAAAUCUGAAGCUGUCAGGGAAGAAUGCCGGCUCCUGAACGCCCCACCUGUGCCGCCCCGAAGUGCAAAGCCUUUGUCCACAAGUCCCUCCAUCCCUCCUCGAACAGUCAAGCCAGUUCGGCCACAGACUCGGUCUCCAAGCCCCACCCUGUCUUACUAUUCUUCAGGGCUGCAUAACAUCGUCACUCAGAGUGACACAAGUCCUCCCAACAGUGCUCCUGUUUCCUGCUAUCCCUGCACCCGAGUGAAGAGUGACUCUGUGGACCCCAAGUCCCCGUUCGGAAGCCCUUCUGCUGAAGCUCUGUCCUCCCGGCUCUCGUGGCCCAACCAUUCCUCAGGAGCGUCGGAGAACCAGACAAGGAGUGACUUCCUGCUCGAUCCAAGCAGAAGCUACAGCUACCCCAGACAGAAGACGCCUGGCACGCCAAAGAGAACCUGCCCAGCCCCUUUGGAUUUCGAUGGUUGUGAGCUCCUGGGCAGCCCGCCCAGCACGACCUCUGUAGAGUUCAGCAGCAGCGGUGUCUCCGGUUGCCCCAAGUCAGCCAGCUACUCCCUGGAGAACUCCGAGAACACCUCCCUUGCAGCUGGCAUGACCAAGCAGAGCGUCUCCUGCCCUGCCUUACCCCCAAGGGCCCCAAAGCCAGUGGAACAGAAAGCCACCCCCGAAACAUCUCCUUUGCCUCUGAAAAUUGAUGGUGCUGAGGAGGACCCGGCGGCGGGGUCGCUGGACCUCGCCGAGGACCAGUACUUUGUCAGAAAGGGCGUGCAGGACAUCUUCUCCGUCUCUUAUCCUUUCUCGUCUCCCCUCCACCUCCAGCUGGCCCCCAGAUCCUGUGGGGAUGGUUCCCCAUGGCAACCACCUGCUGACCUAUCAGGACUCUCUAUAGAGGAAGUGUCCAAGUCUUUGAGGUUCAUUGGUUUGUCUGAAGAUGUCAUAGCCUUCUUUGUCACUGAAAAGAUCGAUGGGAAUUUGCUUGUUCAAUUAACAGAGGAGAUCCUCUCGGAGGAUUUCAAAUUAAGCAAACUACAGGUAAAGAAAAUACUGCAGUUUAUUAAUGGCUGGAGGCCCAAAAUAUAGCCAAAUGGCCCCAUCUGUUGUGAGACAGAGCUAAGAAACAUGUGCUGGAAGGGGUGGGCCAGGACACAGAUUCAUGUUUUUGCACUUAAAAAAACAAAACAAAACAAAACCUUCUCUGUAAAUAGAGAUAAGAGAAAGUCUUACUAUGCAGAUUCCGUUUCUGAAUGGUGAACAGGCUAUUUUGUACAUCAAUAAAGAUGCUAUACGGAACACUUAGAGGUGUGCCUUGUACGUCACUGAACAUUCAACAGCUGCUAAAAGAACUGAAGUCAUAUCCAGAGAACUCAUUUGUACCCUAAUCGGUCUUCGAGAAGGCAUGGUAUUUAUUAUGAAACAGCCAAAGCUGAAACACUUGUGAACAGUUCGCUUCCUGGGGAGCCGACGGUGGACAGUUCAUUGUAUUCUGCGGCCCGCUUUGCUUCCUGUCUGUUGUUUAACUCCUGUGCCUGACGAUGUUAGUGGUGUGAAGUGACACUUUAAUGUUCUGUGCUUGCUGGAGAUCUUUUUAUCAAAAGGCAUUUUAUCAAAAUUCAUGUUUUGCUAGAGGAGAUCUGGUGUCCUUAGAAAUGACACAAAUCAUGACCAUUACGUUUGAUCUGUAAUCUCUGACAGUUUCAUUGUGCAGAGGAAAAGGGGGAAAAGGUGUGUGUGUGUGUGUGUGUGUGUGUGUGUGUGUGUGUGUGUGUGUGCAGUACACACGGAUAUGUUCUGAUGUAAUUUUUUUAAUCUGAUAUUUUAGAUAACAUCUUUUUACUUUAUAAUAGCCACUGAGGUUUUCAGACUUUUAACUGAGGGAAAUGACAGCUACUUUGAAACCAUCACCACCCUUUCCUCCCGUGUGCCCCAGUGAGAGGUCUGAAAAGCCUUUCUCCACAAAUGUGAGGUCUGCCCACAACACACCUCCUGUGUCAGGAAACCCCAUGACUCAGACAGACCACCUCUCUAUUACACACGCCGUAUCUCUGCCCUGAUUCCUAAGAUAUCAAUAAGAGUUCUUGCUAAUCCCAUAGUCCACCUCCUUCUCCUCUUAUAAAAGAUAAUUAUCAGACUCUCACUCUGAGAACUCCAGAACGUGUCUAAGAAUUUUGCUAAAUGUGAUUAAAUAUCCCAAAAUAUACCAUCUCUUUCUUUCUCUUGACUGUUUGAAGGGAUAUAACUUCAAAGAGUUCCAAUUUUUUCAAAUAGUCCCUGAGUCUGUCCCCAGAUUCUAACUCGCAGACUUCCUGGUAGUGAGAUGCUCACCUGAACUGCUCAGGUAAGAUUGUUUGACCACCAGGAGUCAGUGUAUCCUGAAUGGGUGACCGUAUCUUAUCAUGUCUUCCUGUUCACCAAAAAAGAAAUAGCUAUUGACGGCAAGACCCACCAGUCAGGGUUUACAGCCAUGUGAAGUACGUCAUUAUCUCUUGCCACUAGAGGUCCAUCUUGUGAUCUAGAGCUGAGAUGAAUUGAUACUUAGUCUAUUUUCUCAUCUCUGAUCUCAUUAAUAAGAAAUAGCUUCUACCCCUUCCUAACAUACAAUCCAAAUGUAAAUACUGCCCUCUCCCACCCAGGACUCAUGAGAGCGUUUCAAACCACAGCCCUCUAGGAGGAGAACUAACUCCUUAGAAAGUUAACCUGUCCUGAGAAGAUUACCUUCCCUUGAGAAUAAAGACAGACAGCUUGCAGUGGAGACCCUGCAGGUCCCCACAGGCAAACCCUUGCUUUAGCCAUCCUUCAGGACUCAGCCUUUGGCCAUGAUUCUCAAACUCAAGCAAGCCACAGGUUUGGUUUGCAUUUGCGGUGAAGGUUGCCCCAUGUAACAACUGACUCCCUUGUCUUUUGCAAGAACCUCACACAAAACAAGAUUGUCAGUCUACUUUUAGUUCGUUUGCUUGCGCCCUGGUAUACUUAUGCCAAGUCUGUUUUGAUUGGAUCCUGGAGCCUCCCUUAGAGCAAGGAUUGGCCCUGAGGUCAUACAUUCAUUGUACAUUCAAUGAGCACCCUCUGUGUGCCAGACCCAAGGCUGAGAAAAGGACGCCUGACUUCGUGGAACUCGUUCAUGUUUCAAAGUCACAGUUGCUCACAGCGUAUACGUGCAGGAGACUAUGAACGUUUUCUGAAAGCUGGGAGCAUGGAGAGUGAUGUGUGUCCCAUCUUUAAGGAGCCCCCGGAUGGAAGCCAUCGUAGGCGCCUCUAAGACAUCCAAUAACUACCCCAGACGUUGGCGAACACCCCCUGAUACUCGGAAUACAUUAAAGAGGAAAUGCAUCUGUCUCCCUGCUCCUGUUUUCUUUUACUGACUUAGAAUUUUUUAAUGAUAAUCAGUGCUGGCAUUUCUAAAAGCCACAAAUAAGUAUAAUUACCACUUCUGAGCUGAGCACCUGUCUGUGGAGGAUCCUGACUAGACAAGGAAUUCAUAAGCCAGAGAGAAUCAGACAGGCUGCACAGAGCAGAAAAUCGAAACAGCCCUUGCCUUCCGCAUCCUACGGGGAACCUCUUCCAACCAUCCAGGUCAAGGCAGUACGUACCUCCACUAGUGGCAGAUGCCCUCCAGUCCAGUGAGGGACAGUGAUACUUGUGGAGAAGUCCUAUCUGAACAGGAUCUUUGGGGGAAUCCUUAAACUCAUAACUAAACCCAUCUUCCUGCCCCUCCCCUGUUGGAAGAGAACGUGUCAGCAAUAAGCCAAGCAGCUAAAAUGUAAAAUAUGAAGUCAAUUCAGAGAGAAAACUCAAGUGUUCACCACCACUUCCUUCACAGAAUCUUCCAGACGCCUGCAAGUUCUGCCUUUAAGUUGAACUGCUCAAGUUUAUGAACUGUGAAAUGUCCACAUCUACUCUCUCCCAGCCCACAUAGACCAUUCAAAUUUAUGAAGUUGUACCAAACUGCCCAUUCAGCUAAAUUGCAGUGUUUAUUCUUGUCCUGCAGAAGUGCCACAGCCUUAUGGGGAAUGUGACAGUUCACUCCAGCUGAUCAGAUGCAUACACAAACAACCUCGUCCCCACUGCUAGGCCACCUGCACAUCAUCCAUGCCUCCUUGUGACGUUCGGGGGUUUGGGAGUGGAUGGACGGAGAACCCAUCGUUUUCCUAGUGCGUUGUGUCCUAAAUCAAGCCUGGGGCCUAUCUUCUGUAAGUACAUACCCUGAAUAACAAACUGGGAAACACAAACUUCUCCAAGGAGCCCAGGAAAUUGGAGUUGCAGUCCACCAGAAAAAGUCACAUCUACUGCUGGACGCAUGAGGCUUUGAAGAACAUAAAACAUGUCCAUUGCGUGAAUUCCCAUUGCUUUUCUCGAAAUCUGAAAUCUGCUAAGGCAAGAGAAUCAGAGGCCCAGAGGGCAAGUAGUGGAAACAGAAUUUUCACCAUACUGUAGGUUUGUAAUGUAGGAUUCUGUGGCCGUAUCGUGUCAGGUCAUAUUUCUGGGUUUUCAAGAAGUCUUGUUUUACAAGUGUGCUUCAAGCUAGGUGCAAGUGUCACCUGCAGUCGUCUCCCUCCGCCCACCCCCGAAGCUGUGCAUCUUUGUAGUAGAGCUUGGCAGACGGUGAGCUCCUGUGGUUUACAACCUCCUGUAGGAUAGGGCUUCCAUAGUUCCCUUGCCAUAAACCUGUCCCCGAUUUCAUACCAAGUUCAGCUAAGACAAGGAAGGAAGAAGGAAGGAAGGAAGGAAGGAAGGAAGGAAGGAAGGAAGCCUGAGACCUUGGGGCAUUUCCCUUCACUUAAAUGGAAAUUGUAUUUUCUAAGAAUUCAGAAGUCUCUGUACAGCUUCUGGGCUGGGAGAACAGUGGGUUGCCAGCCACACGUCAGCAAUCGUGUUGCUCUCCAGAGCAUUAUUUAAUGGGCCCAAUGUGUACCUCAAGAUAAAUGCAGUAUAUUAUGUCUAAAACAAUUCAUUGUCUGUUGAUUUAAAUGGUUCUGAAAUGUCUAUAAAUAAAGAAAUUUUCAAGGUU